AUGCUUGGACUCAAUUGUCAAAGUACUGGAAAUGUUGGAUGGAUCCCAUUGUCUCUCAGAUUUCCCAUACUUGUUAUCUUUGUUUUCAUCGACACCGCCAUCAUCGUCUGUCUUAUCAUACUUUCUACUCGAUCUUCUUCAGACAACGGCUUUGUUACGGUUGGAGGUCAAAGUGUGUCAGUAUUGAACAUCAACUGGAACUUCGGCCUUUUAUGGACAACAUUGCCGGUUUUGGUAUUUCGUCUCCUAGGCAUGUACUGGGAGUGGAUCACAAACCCGAUUUGCGAACGCCAGCCAUACGUGGACUUACUCAAGAAUGGUGGCGCUGUAGCAAAAAAUACUAUUCUCUUGGACUACCUAGCGGUACCUAUCUUUUGGCGGUGGUACACUGGGCUCAAGCAUCGACAUUUUCUUGUCAGCAUUUGUUCACUAUUGACACUGGUUAUGUCCAUCGUGGUCAGUGCAUUGUCAGCGAGGUUGUUUGCAGUGCGAACAGUACCUAUCACAGCAGAGGUACCUAUAUUUUUCAAUGCGACAUUCAAUGAAGCGGCUAUAAACUACACAGUGGAUUGGAUCCCGAUUCUUGACACGGUUUCCGCAGUGAAUGUGCACGAUGGGGGUUUAUUGGGCUGGACAGAUCACCAGUAUGCGUUUCAGCCCUACCAGAUGCAGGACUUUGUCCGCUCUGGAGACGUAGUCACUGCACAGACCGAAGCAUACUCGGCCAACAUGAAUUGUAGCGUAUUAUCAAAUUACCAGCUUUCCCUGAAGGAUGUCCGCCUCACCAUUACCGGCAGCGAUCGCGGUUGCGACAUCACCACAGAUUUCGUAGUAGACGACAUGCAGAAGGUGUACUUCAAAACAUCCUCGAUAACUACCUGUUCCGCCGAUGCCUGGUUUGGCCGACUUGUGUUUGUGGCUGCCGAAUACUCUUCUACGUCGGCUACCAAAAUCGACAACGUCUCCGUUCUCUCCUGCGUUACGAACUAUCGCGUCUCAUCUGGAAGGUUAACGACUCUUUUCAAAGUCGGUUCUACGGUUCCGACAAUCCAAGAAUUCCAAGCCACGGCUACUGACGAUACACGCCUGACUCAAUGGAUUGUGUUCGAGCAAGGCAUAAUCUCUGCAACAGCGUUCAAUCCAAAGGUAAACUGGUCUACCUCGGUGUUCGGAAACGUGGUCCUCUACUACGCGCAAAAGCUGGCAGGGCCCAACUAUCUUUCGACUGAAGUACUUGACCGUGCAGUUUCGGAUAUCUUUUCAGCUACCUAUCUUACUUGUGUGGCGCAAAAUGCUUUUGAGCCGCUCGCAACGCCAACAACAACCACCGGCCAGAUCUCGAGGAUGACUGAACGCCUGUACACUGUUGACGGAAUCGUCUAUGUUAUCGUGGUGGUCUUGCUGUUAAACAUGAUCACAAUCGUCGUCGCGAUAUUGCAUGUCAAUACACAUGCCACGAUCUUGGAGGAACAGCCAUCAGGACUGCUCGCAUAUGCCGCAAUUUUAGAGAAGAGUCCGCUGUUAGACACUGCGGGAGAAAUGAAAGCUCAAAAUAGCACUGGCAUAGUUGAAAAAGCAAGUCAUGGAGACUUUGCAUAUACGCAUUGGAAAGCAACUGCAGAAACGAGUGGUGCACGUUGGAGAAUUGUAAGGUCAAGGUAA